UGUACAAAGGAUUGCCCACACUUUUCUCACUCGCAGUCUUAAGCUCUUGGGAGCCUCUCUCAGUUCUCCCUGGUUGCGAUUUGUGAGAGAAAUGGAAGGCAAAGGGUCGACUCUGGUUCAUCUUCUUGUGGUGGUUUUGUGUUUAGUAGCUUUUGGGUUCUCCAUUGCUGCCGAGAGACGAAGAAGUGUGGGGACUCUGUUUGAAGACAAGGAAAGGAACGCGACCUACUGUGUGUACGACUCGGAUGUGGCAACUGGUUAUGGUGUAGGAGGUUUCUUAUUUCUUCUCUCUGGUGAAUCAUUGCUGAUGGGUGUCACAAAGUGCAUGUGUUUUGGGAGACCUUUAACCCCGGGAGGAAAUCGGGCAUGGGCUAUUAUUUACUUUUUAUCCUCAUGGGCAACAUUUAUAGUAGCGGAAGCGUGUCUAAUUGCGGGUGCAGCGAAAAAUGCAUACCAUACAAAGUAUCGAGGAAUGAUAUAUGCUCAAAACUUAGCAUGUGAAACAUUAAGGAAAGGAGUGUUCAUUGCUGGGGCAGUGUUUGUGGUUGCAACCAUGAUUCUUAAUGUGUAUUACUACAUGUACUUCACCAAGGCAACAUCUUCUCAAGCAUCGCACAAAGCAAAGCGUUCAAGUUCAACGGUUGGGAUGACAGGGUAUGCCUAAAUUCAAUUCAAUUCAAAUGUGAUAGGCUGGUUAAAGCUUCCAUGAUGGCCUUCAUUGGUGGGUGGGUGAUGUUUAUGAUUAUUACUGAUUGUGAUAUAUAGUUUCAUAGUCACUUUUUGUGGUUAAGAUAUGUAAACAAGUGAUGUAAGAACAGAAAAUGGUUUGCUCAAAAUUCUGCAGCAAUUUUCAAGUGGUUUGAAGCUAAAAAUUUGAAGGUUAUAUUGAUUUAUAUAUGGUGCUUUUGAAGCAGACUUCA